AAAUAGCAAUAAGCCGGUGGCAGAACCUAUUAGCAUUAACGUCCUGGUGAUUUUGUGGCAUGUCUUUCACGUCGGCCACAGAACAGCUGUUUGAUGGGCACGUCUUGCUGUCACUGCUGACCUGUGCUGGAUUCUUUUUCAUAAUGAUGAUUUUUCUGCAUGCGUUUUUCUGAGAUGCCUCCACUGUCCCAGAUGGAAUUGUCGGAUGGCGGCGUAGAAUUUGCUACUGCUUCUGUUUCGUAUUCUCUCAUUUGAGAGGGAGGAGGGGAAAUGUCUCUUGGCUAUGGUGAGACAUUGCCUCAUGCUGUUACAAUGUCAGGGCAUGUCUCCUCUUUGCAGCUCUCAGACCCUGCCAGAGCGCUGGGAGACAGCUGAACAAUCAAGGAGCAUGGUCCAGAUGGACUGGUGUUGAUACAAUCCCACUGAUUAGUCAUGCCAGAUGGGACUGGGUUAAUGUGCAGUAACAGGGUACCAUACAGUAAUGGGUUACCGUGUCCUGGCAAGAUCAGCACUAAGUCUCUUCUGGUUCAUUCCAGGCUGGACAGCUAUGCCUGCCCUUUGGGACAGUUCCCCUGUGGCAACCUGUCUGUCUGUUUACCCCAGCUCCUGCACUGCAACGGAGAGAAGGACUGCGACAACGGAGCCGAUGAAGAGAACUGCGUGGAUAAUAGCGGGUGGCUGCAGAUUUUGGAUGACAUGCAGCAGACCAAGGGCAGCAGAGCCACUGAGGAAGAGAAGACCCCAGUCUGUGAGCUUGACCGGUUCCCAAAGGAAUGCCAGUGUUGGGGAAGGACGAUAGACUGCACCGGCCAGAACUUGCACACCGUCCCCUGGGUUUCCUCCAACGUGACGAAGCUCCUCUUACAACACAACGAAAUCCAGGCAAUACUGCCCCAUGCUUUUGCUGGACUUUCCAAGCUUAAAAUGCUGUUCCUGAGUCACAAUAACAUCACUGAGCUGAAGCCAAGAGUCUUCCAGGAUCUGCGUCAUCUUGAAUGGCUAAUGCUGGAUAACAACAGAAUUGCCAAGAUCUUCCCAGCGACUUUUGUGGGGUUGAAAUCUCUGUACUUCCUGUACAUGCUGAACAACUCCUUGAGUAGCAUGCCCAACACUUCCAUUUGUGCAGAGAUGCCAAAGCUCAGCUGGCUGGAGCUGGAAGGAAACCAGAUCCAUACUCUGAGAAGCUCAGUGUUCCAGGAAUGCAGCACCUUCACUGUGCUGAUUCUGCGCAGAAACAAGAUCAAAUGGAUCCAGGAAGGGGCGUUUUCCAAACUGAACAGACUGGUGGAGCUUGACCUGUCUAACAAUAGACUGGAGGAACUUCCGCCAUCUUUAUUCAGUAACCUGCAAGACCUCCAGCAGCUGAAUAUUUCCUACAACCCCCUGAGGCAGAUCUUUGCCAACCAAUUUGACAGCCUGCCCCACCUGCGCUCUCUGAGUAUUGAAGGUCUGGAGAUCCCCAAUGUCCAGACCCGCAUGUUCCAGAAACUCACCAAUCUGUCUCACAUCUACUUUAAGAAGUUCCAAUACUGCAGCUACUCUCCGCACGUGCGCAGCUGCAAGCCCAACACCGAUGGCAUCUCCUCCUUCGAGAACCUCCUGGCCAACAUCAUCCUCAGGGUCUUCGUCUGGGUCAUCGCAUGUGUCACCUGCUUUGGGAACCUCUUUGUCAUCUUCAUGAGGUCCUUCGUUGUCAUGGAGAACAGCCAGCACACCAUGGCCAUCAAAUCACUCUGCUGUGCAGAUUGUCUGAUGGGAAUCUAUCUCUUCUUCAUUGGAGCCUUUGAUCUCAAGUUCUCCGGCGAGUACAACAAGCACGCCCAGGUGUGGAUGGCAAGCAUCCAGUGCCAGCUGGUAGGCAGCCUGGCUAUGCUGUCCUCGGAGGUGUCUGUGCUGCUGCUGACGUACAUGACCCUGGAGAAGUACCUCUGCAUCGUCUUCCCAUUCAGCCAUUAUGGGGCGGGCAAGAAGCAGACCCUCUCCAUGCUGGUCGUCAUCUGGUUGUUGGGCUUUUCUCUCACCCUUGUCCCCUUCUGGUGCAAGGAGUCCUUUGGGGACUACUACGGGAGGAACGGGAUGUGUUUCCCACUCCAGUCUGACGAGACGGAGAGACCAGGAGCCAGGGGCUACUCCACCGGGAUAUUUCUGGGUCUGAACCUCAUUGCCUUCGUCACCAUCGUGUUCGCCUACACCAGCAUGUUCUACUCCAUCCACACCACAGCCACCAAGACGGCUGAGCGCAGUGUCUUCUCCAGGGAAGUGGCCAUCGCCAAGAGAUUCUUCUUCAUCGUCUUCACUGACGCCCUCUGCUGGAUCCCCAUCUUCCUCCUGAAGCUUCUCUCCCUGCUGCAAGUGGAAAUACCAGACACCGUGACGUCUUGGGUGGUCAUUUUCAUCCUGCCCAUCAACAGUGCCUUGAACCCCAUUCUGUACACCAUGACCACCACCCCCUUCCAGGAGAAGCUCAAGCUGUAUUUGCAGAAGAAGCAGCUGCAGCAGUUGUCACUUCAGGACCCAGAAGAGUCCAGAAAGAGCUUUACCCUGGUAUCCAUACACACCAGCAGCUCCUGACAGUCCCCAGCAGCUUAGCCUGGGAUUGGUGAAAGGCCUCUCUGCUUCAUGCAUGUAGCUAUGAAGGACCAUGUCUCUGUCUUCCCCAGGAGCCUCCCCUGGCUGGUUCAUUGCCCGCCCCAAUUAUAGCCAUCGUGGGGGCAGAAGAUGCCAAAGGGGAGCUGCUACCACUUUCCAACUGGUGUUAUAUAGAGAGCUACAGACGAAAUGGUCACAGACAGCAGAUGGGGCCUGAACUCCGCUCGUGUGCCCCACGGUUGAAAGCACUGGAAUGCUGCCUGCCCCAUGCAGGCUCAUUGCUGUGCGUCAGCACUUUGGGGCUGUGGGUUUAGCUGAUGCUGGUUCAGCACAAGGAUUAACCAGCUGCUGUGAAAGGGAUGUUGUAUUUCAUCCUAACCCUCUGCCUCUGUUGCAUGGUCCUUGUAGCUCCCUGCCCCUUCGCCCUGGAGAGAAGCCGCAGGGGCAGCUGCUGCAGCAGCCUUUGGAACCGCUGCCCCCACUGCAGAGCCCCAGGGAGGUGUUUUCUGCAUUGCCGGAAGCAAGUCUGGGUCCAGGGGAAGGAAGGUGGGAUGAGAAGCCUUCAGCGCUUUGAUUUGGGGCCAGAGGCAGCUCGAGCAGAUGCCAGCGUGAUCCUGGCGAAAGUUGUGGGCCACUGGUUCUGCCACGUGGAGUGAUGAACUAUUGAGGCUGCCCUCAGCCCUUGGGGAAGCCUUGGCUGUGGGACCCAGGCAGCAGCUGCUAUUGUGGGUGAAAUGCUGCACAAGGAAAGGAAGGUGGUGCUGUCCCCUGAUACUUCCUACACCACCCUGACCGCUAGGCCCGUGUUCAGGGCAGGUGUCCCCAUUCAGGGCCUGCUACCCCAGCCACUACGUUCAGCAGGGACUCACGGCCACGCCCUGUUCUCCAGUCAUACCUGGGCUCGCACCUUUAGAAAAUGAAUCCUUGCAACUGAGGCACCAACUC